GUUCAACUUGUGAUUCCAAAAUCAUGCAGGACGGUGAAUCUAAUUUCCCUCUUCUCCUUCUACCCGAAAACGCUAAGAAACAUGUUCUUCGAACAAUGGACGUGGAUUUUCUGCUCUCACUUUCCUUCUGCUCCAAAAGGACUAAACACAUUGUGCAAUCUCUCAAACUAAAAUUCGAGCAUUUUAAGAUGGAUCUGUUAGGCAAAACGAAGUUGAUGAUUAAUUUUCGAUCAACUACAAUUUUGCUUGUUUUUAACGCACUCUAUGGAGAUAAAGCAUGGAAAGAUGUGUUUCGAACUGUUGUGUCAACGGGUCCUCCUAAUGCCCGAUACUAUAACACUAACUUUUUCAAAAGUUUUGGAUGGGAAAGAAAAGAACUCGCAGUUGAAGAUACGAUUUAUCAUAUAUUUGACAUUUUGAACACAAACGUGAUCGACGUAUUUUUGGACUGUAAUAACAGAAACAUGUUUUUCUUCGAAAAGUUAUCUCAGACUUUUCGAGAAAGAAACGUUCGUAGAAUAUCGUUGGGUUCUAUGCAGAAUCCUAUUUUCAAUAGUUUUUCGUACCUUGAAAACUCUUUAAGAAACCAGUUUCUGGAGUUGGAGGGCCUUGCAUAUCUUAGAGAAUUAUAUCGUACCUUGCAAGAAGAACACAAAAUUUUGAUUCAAAACUUUAACUAUCUCAAUCCCAAUUUGCCUUCUACAGGCAAAAUGACAUUGAAUGAGUUGUUAUUAAUUAACAGUUCUCACAUUACUUUGACUUUUAAUGAAAUGGCUUUGAAUGAGAAAAGUCUUAAUAUUUUCUUGAAGCAUUGGAUUAAUGGAUCCAAUAAAAAACUUGACUAUAUGUACUUAUCCGGAUUUACACAACUCGGAGAGACAUCAGUGGCUAUCGAAGCAAUACUCAAAAGGAUUGUUCAUAAAGAGGCUUCCCAUGACAGACUAUUUAAGAAGUUCUAUGACCCGGGAUCGAAUGGAAAUAUCGGUGAUAAUUCAUCAAGUCUUAAACAUGGAUUUGACAUAAUAAGUAAUGACGGAACGCCUGCAACAGCUUCUAUACGUAUAUCGGAAGGCGUUAUAUACUUUCAAAUGAAAGUCUGGGACCAGUAACCCUUUCAAUCACAAUUUAUCUUCAAACCAUAUUUUUUAUCUUCCUUUUUAUUCUCUUAUAAGAACAUGGAUGUUGUUAUUAAUGCAGUAAUUGGCGUUUUUUGUCAACUUUACACUGAAAUUUUCAUUUUCUAUACUCAUAAUUCCUUCGAGCAAAAAUAAAUAAACUUUUAAAUGAUAAA